CUCUAUCAUGUCUUCUUCUUUCUUUUUUAGAGUAAGAGUCGAGUCACUAGGCUGGAUUCUGAAGAACUGGAAGACCUGAUGGCCAACUUUACAAAUAACUACACCUAUGACGGGUACCCAUCCUACGAUGAUAACCUUCCUGAGCCGUGCCAGUUCACUUUCUGCCUCCGUUUCCUCAGCAGCAUCUUAGCAUUGCUGAUGUUCGUCAGCAUUGUGGGCCUAAUGUCCAGUUUGGCCCUUGGCAUUUCCUUGGCCAAGCGUCCCAUCUUGUGGAAGCAACGUCAGCCAGGAAAGUAUGGGUUCUUCCUAACGUCAGCGUCCACGGGUCUCUUUGCCGCCACCUUGCCAUUCUUUGCAGUGGGGCUCAAGCACGGGUGGGUCUUUGGACCCCAUUUCUGCCAGCUGGCCCGUGCCCUGAGGUAUGGCUGCCUCUUUGCACAAGGGUUGAUGGUGGCCGGUAGCACGUGGCGCAUGCCUCCGGCCGUUCCUCGCUCGCUCUUCCUCACCGGACUCUUCUUCCUGGGAUUCGUGUGUGCGACACCCGCCAUCGUCAUUAGCAGCCCUGGGGACGACUGCUUCUCAAGCUUGGAACCAGGUCUUCAGCCGUGGUCUUUGGCUCACAUCCUGGUCUCUCUGGCUACUUUUGACAUCCUCCCGUUGGCAAUGCUUGUAGCCAAAGUGGCUCUGAAGAGGCAUGGAAAGAACGAGCGCCUACAGCUGAAUCUGAGCUGGGUUUUUUACAUUUUCUGGUCGCCCUAUGGAGUAGCCCUGCUCCUGGACAAAUUACUAGAGGAUGGGUUGCUAACCUCGACUUGCCAUUUCCGAGAACAUCUCGACUACUUUCUGGGGAUAUCAGAAGGAUUUGGCAUCCUGCAUUGCUUCCUAUUGCCAUUGUUCAUUCUGGGUUCGGGCAUUUGUCGCCAAAGAAUCGGCAAAGCAGGAAGACCCUAAAUCGUCCCAUUCUCAGAACGUUGCAUCCUGCAGUGAGCUGGCCUGGAAUGCUGUAGAAGCCAAGCUGUCUUUCCGCAGAAAUUAAAUAAAAUGCAAUUUUUUCACAUUCAGAGCCAUCAAAUUCCGCGCCCCAGGGAUGGUGAAUAAAUGAGGACUCUGAACUCUGAAUAAAUGAGGAUAGAAAGCUCGCCUUGAUAAACUACUUUUUUUUAUUUUUGAUUAAUUUAUUGUCUCCGGUCACUGAGAGAAGGGUGAGAGUACAGUGUACCCAAAUAGAUAUUGGAUGCCAGAAAGUGAACCCAA